AAGUAAGCCCAUAUUCUUGCGUUGUGUUUACGAAGCGUCUGUGCUUGAAUCCUUGAAAUUUAAUUUAUGAAGAACCGAUGCUCCGACACGACAGCUUCGUCGGGCUAAUUUUAACACAUGGAUGCCAGGGUGAAUCUGUUAGCUGACAGCAUGAAUGGACCUGGACAGAAUGAAGACAACAGUAAAUAUCCAAAGAGAAGUAAUUCAUCAGGUUCCAGUAGCCGAAGCUUGCCUCCACAAAAUGCUACAGAGACUACAACAUUGUCACCAGGAACUCAGCAGACAUACUUCUCAGAAGAAAAAAUUACUAUACCAGAUAUAGAUGGUGAUUCCUGGUUUAGUUUCAGAAAACUAUGGGCUUGUACUGGCCCUGGAUUUCUCAUGAGCAUUGCAUAUUUGGAUCCUGGAAAUAUUGAAUCGGACUUGCAAUCUGGAAGUGUUGCACAGUAUAAACUAUUAUGGGUGUUAAUGUCAGCUACUGUGCUUGGUCUGGUAAUGCAGAGGCUCUCAGCACGUCUUGGUGUUGUCACUGGCCUUCACCUAGCAGAAAUGUGCUAUCGCCAGUAUAGAAAAUUGCCUCGAAUAUUUUUGUGGAUAAUGGUAGAAGUUGCCAUUAUUGGUUCAGAUAUGCAAGAAGUUAUUGGUACAGCCAUAGCCAUAUAUCUUUUGUCAAAUAGGGUAGUCCCACUUUAUGUGGGUGUUCUAAUAACAGUUGUUGACACAUUUACUUUUUUGCUGCUCGACAAGUAUGGACUUCGCAAACUAGAGAUGCUCUUUGGUUUUUUAAUUUCUGUUAUGGCUGUUACCUUUGGUUAUGAGUAUGUUGUUGUGGCACCUGAUCAAGGGGAAGUUGUGAAAGGUCUGUUUUUUCCAUGGUGCUCAAACUGUGACAGCACAGCAUUACUCCAAGCAGUUGGGAUUGUUGGAGCAGUCAUUAUGCCACAUAACCUGUACCUGCAUUCAGCAUUAGUCAAGUCUCGAGAAGUCGACCGAAGGAAGCCAGAGAAAGUCCGUGAAGCAAAUAAAUACUUCUUCAUCGAAGCUUGCAUUGCAUUGUUUGUGAGUUUCAUCAUCAACAUUUUUGUGGUUUCAGUAUUUGCAAAAGGAUUGUAUAUGAAAACGAAUGAAGCUGUGUAUGAUCAGUGUGUGUCGAGCAACAAUAUACAUUACGAUGUUUUUCCGAACAACACUCAAUUGGUAGAUGCUGAUAUUUAUAAAGCUGGAGUCUUCUUGGGGUGUUAUUUUGGCAUAGCAACAAUGUAUAUAUGGGCAGUUGGCAUUUUAGCAGCUGGGCAGUCGAGUACGAUGACUGGAACAUAUGCAGGACAGUUUGCAAUGGAGGGAUUCCUGAAUCUACAGUGGUCAAGGUGGAAACGAAUCCUCUUCACAAGGACAAUUGCCAUUGUCCCAACAUUCUUUGUAGCGUUUUACAGUGAAAUAAAUGAACUAUCGGGCAUGAAUGACUUGUUAAAUGCUAUAAUGAGUCUACAAUUACCAUUUGCUACUAUACCAACAAUAGCAUUUACGAGCAGUCAAAAAAUUAUGGGUGAAUUUCAAAACGGAAUUGUAAUGAAUACAAUAUCCAUAGCGUUAUCAGUUGUUGUUAUCACUAUAAACAUUUACUUUGUUGUUCAUACGACGACAGAAUCUGUAACUGGAUGGUACUGGUACAUGCUGAUAUGUAUAUAUGCAGUAUUUUACUUGGUCAUGUGUGUAUAUUUAAUUAUGCACAUGAUGAACAGUAUGGCUCCAGGCAAAUUUGGUAACACAUUUAUUGCUAGACUGACAGAAGGGCCAGUCCCGGGAGACUUUGGAUUAAAUGGUGAUAAAUCAAGUACUGCUGAAGCAUCUGAAUAAUUAAAAUGUUACCUUAACAACUUGUGGUGAACUGAAAGGUUAUGCACAAGUCUGCAGCCCACAUCAAAUUUUCAUCGUGUGCUGUCCACUCUUUCCAGUCUUCAUCUCGUACAACUUUUUUAAUAUGUGAUGUGGCCAUAAAUGUAAUGCAGUGUUUUCGUCUCACCAAUAAGCCUCUCAUCAUUUUCCAUCCAAGAUGGUCAACAAGCAGUGAGCACAGUUGUUACUUCUAAUAUGUAUAGUUAAAUUAUGGACUUCUGUUAUUAUAUUAGAUUUUACUGAAACUGUACAUGUGUUUAAUCUUUCUAGAUAUGUUUCCUUGUACAUUAUAUCAGCAAAAUAUUUUUAAAAAGUACUUAAGAGGCACAGCAGAAAAGUAAUGUAGCAGUCUUUAUAAAAGCUAUACAUAUUAAUUAUGUACCAUUCAGAGUUAUGUUGCAAUGUUUGGAAAAUUUUCCUGCACAGUAGUCAUGCCGGAACUCUUUGCAUUCUGUUCACAUUCAACUGGUCUUAUACAUAGUACCAAAAUAGUGACUGUAAUAGUGAAUGGUCAGUUUAAGGACAGAAAACGUAGUGAUUUGCUCAGUCAUAUUUGUAAAUUGAGUUUGAGAAAAAGGUAAUGGGAGUGACUUGGGAAGGAGGAGAACCUAUGAGUUGCACUGUGUAUCCAAAAUUAAGUUACAGAGUGCACUGUUUAACAACAUAUUUUGCAUCACUCUAGUUAGUGCAGUUUUUUGCAACUUGUAAUUAGCUAGCUCUAUAUUGAAUAUUUGAAGCACUUCAUACUUCCAAUAUGUAAAGUUCUGUGAGGAAUUUUUUAUGUGGUGUACCAAAAUUGUAUCUACAAAUCUGGGAUAGUUGGGAAGUUGAAGACAGUUGUAAGGAUGGCUGUCAUAAAACAAGUGGGAGUUCCUUUUGUUUUUCAUUUCCUCCCUUUUGUGAGUUCUUUUUAUUUUCUUUUUUUACCACAUGGUAGACUGACUGAAAGCCAGUCCCUACUUAUUCCCUGAGGUGUGUCAUUGUGCAUUUUUAUUGGAUUUUAAUGUGCAAGAUUUUCCAAAAACUGGUGACGUAUUAAGCAGUUUUAUUGGCAUUGGGAAAGGUAUUUGUCCAUCUCAGCUGUCAUAUUACACACAGAAAUUUUAUGACUCAGUGCCAUUUGAAAUUUUUUUUCUUGUGCUGUUAUAACACAGCAUAAUAAAGCACUUUUAAAAAACAUUAUGGAACUUCAUUCAUGUCAGAAAAGAAGUAUGAUUCACUCUGCAGCUCAGUGAAAUCUUGGCAGCUAGUCUACUCUUGUUCUUUUUCACAUUUCUUAUGUAAAUGCAUAACUCAUUAUAUUUUUUACCAGUUUACCCACCAUCAAUUAUUUUUACUGUCUCACUUUCUCUUGAAAAUAAUUUAGAAAUUUCUUGGUUUUAUUUUCUGUCAAAUGGGUAUUCAUGUUACACUUAUCUAUUAAACUUGUAACUGUAGGAAUAGUGUAUAUUCUGAGAAUCCACAUCUACAGUUACUUUCCUGCUUGCUAUCUGAAGUUGGACAGUAUCUCAACAAAGAUGCUGUACUAAAUGUCACACUAAGAAGAAACAAAUUUGUUGUGAAUUUUUCAACACUUAGCAUUAGACAUGUUGCCAGAGCUUUAUUUUAGUGUGUUUCAUUAAAGUAUUUGCAUUGCUUGAAGAAAUACAGCAACCAAAAAAUUAUAGCUUUAUUUUAUGGAAGGAUGCCUUUUUUGGCUUUCACCCAUCUUCAACUUGUAUAUUACAUUUAUAUCUUCAUCAACAUAAUGUUUUUUUUAUCAACUGAAUUUUAAAUUUCUGCAGCUGCCUUGUGCAAAAUAACAAUUUGUUUAGCUACCACAUUUCUUGAAUUUUCUAUUUAAAGUUAAUUGAUAAUUAGGUGUACUCAUUUUUUAUUCUGUAAUUUGUGGCUCCUUUCUCCCCUUCAUGUGAAUGGCACAAUAAAAUUGUCUGGUUGCUGUACUUCAAGUAGUGAAAUCCACAGCCAUGGAGCUCAGUUACUAUUAACACGGAUAAAUGAGUGUCUUUGAGCUUUCUUGAGUCUCUGAUAGAUAAUUUUAGUUUCUUUAGAACAUAGUGAUGUAUUUCAUUUUAUGUAAACAAAUUGCUGCAUCUCCCCCCCCCCUCCCCUCCCUCUCUCUCUCUCUCUCUCUCUCUCUC